AUGGCAGACGCUAAGAUUAGAACUAUCCACGUUCAGUGGCAUAGCAGUAAUACGACCGAGAUAGGGCAGUGCGAUAUCCCAUUUUCCGAAUGCCCUGAUUACUCGAAACUUUUCAUCGCCCUCUGCAAAAGAAUCGACCUGACCAAGUUCAGUUCCUGGGCACCGUAUUUCCGAUCAGGAGACCCCAAACGCCUGGGCAAGUUCAAGCUAGUAACCUUCGAGAAGUCCAAGCGAGAUGUCCCGAAUAUCUGGCUAAAGAGCCCGGAUGAAUAUGAUGCCUACAUUAAAGGAGUCACACCACAGACGCAAGUUUGCCUCGAAGUACUGACGUGGCGUGGAGCCCGACCAGGGCCGGUGCCCUUCAUUCCGAAAAUACCAUUUAAUGCCAGGGGCCAACUUUCGCCCUUGGACUACCUUAAACUCUUGGUGGAAGCCAAGAUCCACGACGACGUUGAUGAAAAGCCCAUUACCGAUUUGAGGCUACGUGGGCUCGUCGAUUAUAUAAAAGACCAUCCAAGCGGGCAGUUCAUUCCUUCCAAACGCCCUCAGGUGAUCAGCCUAGAAGGAGACCACACAAAUAAGCUAAACAUAGUCUACAUUGAGGAACUAUUCGAUAACGCCAUCAUAGACAACUACGACAUAUUUAGAUUCAUUCGGUUUCAGAGUAACAGCGGCGUGCAAAAGAGGACCGGGGUAUUCAAUCGAUCGCUGUCCGGGGACACGUGA